AUGAUCAGACUUCGCAAGGCAAACAGCGUUCAUGACAUUAUCAGUAUUGCCAUAAUUAAAAUAAUCACUCCAACUACAAUACCAGGUCACAGAAGUCUGGAGCUCAGCAUGUUCACUCAAGAUGGUACUGUUACACUGUAUGUUUCAAACACUAGUAGUGCCGACAUCCACCUCCAGUCUGCCACCCACGUUGUAGAUUUUGCCCAUUACAUGUUACUGGUGCGAGUGGUGGAUGAUGUCUCCAUGGAGCAUGCAGUGUGUACACUCACACUAGGAGAAUGUGGAUCUCAGUCAGAGGUGCAGGAGCAACACCUCAAUCCUACUGAUUUCCUUGCCUCCAUGGUUCAACUUUUGGAAAUUUUGAACAAAAAUAGAGCAGCUGUACCUAUACCAGGCAAAAUCAACACGCUCUACGCGAGGGAGGCAGGCGGCGCCAUUACUGACACCACCUGCAGCAACACGCACUACGCGAGGGAGGCAGGCGGCGCCAUUACUGACACUACCUGCAGCAACACGCACUACGCGAGGGAGGCAGGCGGCGCCAUUACUGACACCACCUGCAGCAACACGCACUACGCGAGGGAGGCAGGCGGCACCAUUACUGACACCACCUGCAGCAACACGCACUACGCGAGGGAGGCAGGCGGCGCCAUUACUGACACUACCUGCAGCAACACGCACUACACGAGGGAGGCAGGAGGCACCAUUACUGACACCACCUGCAGCAACAAGCACUACGCGAGGGAGGCAGGCGGCGCCAUUACUGACACCACCUGCAGCAACACGCACUACGCGAGGGAGGCAGGAGGCGCCAUUACUGACACUACCUGCAGCAACACGCACUACGCGAGGGAGGCAGGAGGCGCCAUUACUGACACCACCUGCAGCAACACGCACUACACGAGGGAGGCAGGAGGCACCAUUACUGACACCACCUGCAGCAACACGCACUACGCGAGGGAGGCAGGAGGCGCCAUUACUGACACCACCUGUAGCAACAAGCACUACGCGAGGGAGGCAGGCGGCGCCAUUACUGAUACCACCUGCAGCAACACGCACUACACGAGGGAGGCAGGAGGCACCAUUACUGACACCACCUGUAGCAACAAGCACUACGCGAGGGAGGCAGGCGGCGCCAUUACUGACACCACCUGCAGCAACACGCACUACGCGAGGGAGGCAGGCGGCGCCAUUACUGACACCACCUGCAGCAACACGCACUACACGAGGGCAGAGGCAGGAGGCACCAUUACUGACACCACCUGUAGCAACAAGCACUACGCGAGGGAGGCAGGCGGCGCCAUUACUGACACCACCUGCAGCAACAAGCACUACGCGAGGGAGGCAGGAGGCGCCAUUACUGACACCACCUGCAGCAACAAGCACUACGCGAGGGAGGCAGGCGGCGCCAUUACUGACACCACCUGCAGCAACAAGCACUACGCGAGGGAGGCAGGAGGCGCCAUUACUGACACCACCUGCAGCAACAAGCACUACGCGAGGGAGGCAGGAGGCGCCAUUACUGACACCACCUGCAGCAACAAGCACUACGCGAGGGAG